AGUUAACGCACGAAAUCGAAAGUCAGUUGCAGUUUUGUAAACAGUUAAAAACGAGUUGGUUCGUUGUUAACAAAAUUUUAUGCGUUAAAACUAAUGUUAUUUUUAUAAAGUUUCAAUAAGGUGGCGUAAUAAUUAUGGUGGCGCAGAAGAAGGAGAAAUUCAUAAAAUUUCCAAACAAGAAUCCCUGGAGUUGGUUAGAUGAUGCUGGUAUCCACGAAAAACAAGGUUUUACUUUUCCACAAGUGAAAGCAAAUUUGAUACUGUACGAAACACCAGGAAGUCUCGAUGGAAAAGUACCGAUGGUUCCGGGACUAAGCGAUAUGAUUGACCUAGCAACCACUAAAAUAGGCACCAAGAGAUUUCGAGUACCACCAGAUGCAGAGUUUGAUUUGAGCGAACCGUAUCGACCACCUCCGGGGUAUAAUUUUUUACACGAUCCACAUCUGCAUGAUUAUCUAAACAAUUCUCUCGUACGAAAAAGAUUGACUGAAAAAGGCUUGGUAACAAAGGAUGGUUAUGUGAAGUGCACUAUUAAAGAAUUUAAUGAUUACAGACAAUGGAUUCGGAAACUGAAAUUAGAUGCCAUCGACCAAGACUGGCACCUGCAAAAAGCCAAUCAAGUCAAAACAGAGAAAGCGUCAAAAAACCACGAAGCGACACAAAUUAGUAAACAGCGUCAGGAAAGGGCGAAGCAAUUGUACGAUCAAAAACUGAAAAAGAAAGAGCAGGAACGCAAAAAGUAUUUAAAGUAUAUGGAAGAAAAAGAGUUGUACAUCGAAAAAAUGAAGAACGAAAUGAACCGGAUGUUUGAUCAACGAAAAAUGAAAAGAAAUCAAGACCGGGAAAUUAAGCUACAACAAUACAGAGAAAAAGAAAAGGAGGGUAAGAGGAUACGCAUUCGAAUACUAUUCGAUUCGAAAGAAAGCAUUAAAAAGAGAGAAGAACGUAUCAAUGCUUUACACCAGGAGAAGCUUCUAGAAAAAGAGAAGAGGACUGAAACGGUAUGGAAGAGGAAGCAGUCAUAUUGUUUAGAAAAAAUGGAGGAAGAGCGAGAAGCAAGGGAACAUGAAGGGUAUGCACGAAGACAGAGCAUCAGUAGAAGAGAAAGUGUUUAUCAAAGAGAAAGGCGAAGGAGUGAUGCUUACAUGCUGCAACAUGCUCAAGAGAAUCGUAACAAUGCUAUGCGCCAUCUUGAAGAGGCGAGUGAAUUUCUCAGUCGAAUCGAAGCUAAGAAGGAAGAAGAAGUACAAAAAUGGAGAGAAAAGUUAAAAUGCAUAAAAGAACGUGAGGCUUUGCUUGAUUACUACAGACAAAACAGACAAUACGAUCAAAAAGCUGGGAUGUAUAGACGGCGUCAUUCAAAAUCAAGGAAAAGUGCAUGGGAUGUUGAUAAGGUCUUGCUUAACCAAGUCAUGGAAAGUUUCACUGAGGAAGAGAGACACGAGUUGGAAAAGUUGCAAAAUAAGGAGUCGCACGACCAUAAAGAAUGUGAGGAAUGUGACUCAAUAGAAGACGACAGAAGAAAUGAAGAAGAAGAAAAGGGAAAGAAAAAAGAAACUGCUGCUGAGGUAAACGAAAAUAGCAAAGAAUCGAUAACUUCAUAUAAUGCAAUCGAAUCCAAAGUUAGCUCCCAUUUGAAAACAAACCCCAUCGAGCAAAAAAUUAGUUUUGUUACAUUUGGAAAUAUUCAACCUGAUGACGUUGUUGAUGUGUACCACGAGUCAAAAAGACAAUCCAUCGUGCCAAAUCUUGCCGGUAAAAGUUCACAAAUUAUGGAAAUACCUGAGUUGGUCAUCCAGCAUACAAGAAGUAGUCACGAGCAUUUACCGUGUCUAUUUGAAGCUGAUGCAAAUAAAGGUGACGAAGAGCAGCCAGACAAUAAAUCUGAGGAGGUGUUGGGUGAUGAGGAUUCAGUUUCCAAGCAGAGUUCCUAUGAAAUAUUAGUGAUACCAAGUCGCACAAAUAGUCAUAUCAACGUCCUAUCAACAACCGAGGAUAAUUCAAAGUUCACAUUAGUGCACGUAAUCGAUGACGUUCCUGUAUUGCUUACGUCUGCGAAUGUAUCGGCUGCAUCAGUUAAUAUUGACGAUUCUGAGAGUGAAAAAAUUGCAGUGGCAGCACAAGCACUUGUUCAAGCAUCACUUGGCAAUGCAGCAAAAGAUUUGGGAUACUCAGCUGACGAAAUAUAUGAAACUAUUGGUGUAAAAAUGGUGGAGAGAAUCAAAGAAAAUGAAUUAGAAGCAAUAAAAAGUGAGGAAAUUAUGGAAUCUGCAAAAGAAAUUACCAAAUUAUCACUAAUAAGCGCUGCUGUUUAUCUUGGAUUUGAUAGCAAUGAAAUCUCAGUUGCACUGGGCACUGCUCCUAAUAACGCAUCCUUGCAAGAUAUUGCAAAAUGUUAUCACCAGGAAAUUCAGAAAAUGGCUAAAGAAGCAGUAUUUCAAGCAGCCAUAUACCUUGGCUACUCUCAAGAAGAAGCUUUAAUGGCUGUAGAAACGUUUUCUUGGUCCAUUUCGCGUUCGUCAAGUAACGAACUUUCUUCGACACAAAGCAGUUUUACAGCUCUCACAAAACAACUUGCUAAAACUGCAGUCUGUGAAGCAGCAAAGAAACUAGGAUUUGAGAAGAAAAUAUCAAGUCAUACAUUCGUACAUGAUAUUGAAGAGCGACACCAAAAUGCACAACAUAAAUCUUCUUCCUUUACUUUAACUCCAGUGAGCUCUCGUGAUUACGAUGAACCGUUCAAAGUUAUAGCUCACAACGCUCUAAGAAACGCUGCAUUUUCUUUGAAAUAUUCUGAAGAAGAGGUCCUUAAUGUGGUAGGACCCGAAAAGAUUCACCAAGAUGAAGCAACUAUACGCAAGUGGGCAAAGUUGCUUGCACAAAAUGCAAUACAGAAUUGCAUUUUAUCCGAUACAAGUAAAGCAGAUAUGCACCAUAAAAAUUUACAACACAAAGAAGAUUCUGAAUUUUUAGUAAGACGAUAUUCAUCAAAUCUAUGCGAGCCAUCACAUCAAGAAGUACAUAUUAAAGGAGCAAAGACACGUGACCACAAGGAUCUUGAAUUUGUUUCUCAAAAACUUUGCGAGGAUGCAAUACAUCAAGCAAGCCUUGACUUGGGUAUUGUUAAGGAGGAAAAUAGAGUUGAAAAUGUCGACUUAAAGUUGUAUGACAAAAACUUGGAUUACUCAGCUGACGAAAUAUAUGAAACUAUUGGUGUAAAAAUGGUGGAAAGAAUCAAAGAAAAUGAAAUGGAAGCAUCAAAAAGUGAGGAAAUUAUGGAAUCUGCAAAAGAAAUUACUAAAUUAUCACUAAUAAGCGCUGCUGUUUCUCUUGGAUUUGAUAGCAAUGAAAUCUCAGUUGCAUUGGGCAUUGCUCCUAAUAACGCAUCCUUGCAAGAUAUCGCAAAACGUUAUCACCAGGAAAUUCAGAAAGUGGCUAAAGAAGCAGUAUUUCAAUCAAAGACACGUGACCACGAGGAUCUUAAAUUUGUUUCUCGAAAACUUUGCGAGGACUCAAUACAUCAAACAAGCCUUGACUUGGGUAUUGUUAAGGAGGAAAAUAGAGUUGAUAAUAACGACUUAAAGUUGUAUGCCAAAAAUUUAGUGUCAACUGUUAUGGGAAAAGCUGUGAAAAUUGUUCGCGAAGAAAAAAGUGCUUCUAAAUUAUUGAUGGAAGAUAAAAAGUUAAAAUCGUUCGCUUUGAAAUUUUCAAUGGUUGUUAUUGGGUCAGCUGGAAAAAUAUUAGGGUAUAAAGAUGAAGCGAUUUUAAACGCCUUAUCCCGCAAUAUAAGUGCAUGGAAUAAAAAAGGUGAUUCUGAGAAGCAUCCAAAUGUACUGGUCAAGUUUAAUCAGGAAUCAAUCAAUACAGCCGAAAGACAAAGUUUAUCAAAUCAACAGAGGCGAGAGUCAAUUAGAAAUCGACCUUUAACUCCUAAACCAGUUGCAUGUAAAUCAAAUGACAAUGUUGAUGAUGUUAGUGAUAUCGAAGAGGAUAGUCAUGGGGAAGCAUCCUGCGCUGAAAUCGAUGAAGUCAUGCAGAAUAAUACAAAUGAUACAGCUACCAAGGAAAGACGAGCUACACCGUACUUUCCUCCAUCUAUUCAACUAAAGAUUGUAGAGGAAUUUAACAAGAGCAAAAAACCUCACGAAUUAAUUAUAGAGGAAGAAGAGGAAGAAGAAGGCGAAGAAGAAGAUGUCAAAGAUGGAGAACAAAAUGCUGAUGGACCUAAACUGCCUGUGAAAAGUCCUGACUUAGAAAUACAAACAAAAUGGUCGAAAGAAUUUAUAAAAAAGCUUGACAGUAUCACCGGUCAAGUUGAGAAACUAGAUACAAGUGAAGACCUUUCAGAAUUGACAGAAGCAGAAAUGAUUUCCAAAAUCAUGCAGGAAAACGAGAAAGAAAGGAAUGAUCGAAACAGUUUGUCAGAGUAUCCGACAGAAUGUGAAUUUUUGACUCUACUUAGUGUAGAAAAUUCUAAAUUGUUACAAAAAAGUGACGAUAAUGAAGUUUAUCAACACGUGGAGAAGAAGGAAGCACCUCCAGGAAUACUUGAUUUGUAUUCUUCAAUCCAAUCUAACAUCGUACAAUGUUUUUCAGAGACUUUAACUAACGCCAUGACAUCAGCAGAUGCAAUUAGUUCAUCUUGUCAGAUCAGUCUUUAUUCCGCCAUACCAAACCAGGAAAAUGAGCUGUGCAGCUUAUCAAACGAAUCUUCAUAUAUACUUCCUGAAUUACAUUCAGGAAGUCAAGUUUGUCUAACUGGAAGAAAAGACUCGAUAAACAUCGGUAAAAAUUCGAAUAAGCAAGUUAGCAAUAUUGACUUGGGAACUGAAUUACCGCAGGUUGUUUCAUCAGCAACAAGAAGUAGACUUUCUGUUGCUCCAAUUGAUAUUAAUUCAAAAUCCAGCGUACCGUCUUUGCCAAGACUAAAGUCUCCCUCUAAUAAAAUACGUCUCCCGCAACUAAAAUCACCAGAGUCAGAAAACGUACCUGCUUUAAGACAAUCUCUUUCACUGAUGUGUGUAGAAAUUAAAGACGGUUGCACUGGUCAACAUAUUGAGCAUGCAACUGUUGGAGAUGAUAUGAUGAUAACUGAGGAACAAGAGGUGGUAAUAAAGGCUCCAACAGAUUUCCAUGAUAAUUUUAAAGUUAGAAUUGAAAAGCAUGUCGAAAAGUCCCUCGAGAAUAAGAGUUCGUCAAAUGCACAAGUUAGAAAUUUAACCCAAGCCAGUGUGACCAACUCCUACAAUAGAAAUACCGUAAAAAAUAGCAAGCCAUCAAUAGAUUCAUCUAGUAAGUCAUCAGCGGUCAUAAAAAAAUCUAUUAAACAAAUUUCAGCUGACAAUAUAAGCACGAGAGAAAAAUCUUCACUAAUAACCAUUUCGCAGAAUUCUACACCCAGCUAUGCAAAACCUUUAAAUCGAAUGUCAUCCGUUAACAUAAAAGAAUCUGAAGUACGUAACCGUCCAAAAACAAAUUCUUCAAACUCUGUGUUUGAAAGAUUAUCGACAAUAAAUAAAAGAUCUGAAGGGAAAUUGACGACGAGAGAUAAAGAGGUUAAAGAGAAUAGCGUAUUAAACACGCCAGCAAAACUGCCUGGAAGUGAAACGAAACAAAAUGCGAGGACGUCAAAUCGCUCUAAAUUGGAACGUUAUGGGUCAGUGCCAUCUAAAUCAUCAACAUCAGCAUCUUCAAAUGUUGAAAGUGUUUCAACUACAAAAGUAGUGUCCAAUCUCACUACUAGGAUAUCAUCGAAUGAAAUACCUGUUAUAAAAUCUCACCAAAUUAUUUGGCGAUCAAGUCCACCUAGUAAAAGUAGCGCUAUUUACAAUACAAAAUCUAAAGUUGGUAAAAAUAAAACAAAUGAAAGUCUCGACAAGGUAGCGCACAAAAAAGGUACCGAGCCUACUAAAAAAGCAAGUGAUUCCAAUGCAUCGAUGCCCAAAGGGCAAACUAAAAAAUCGGUGUCAUUGAAAAACAUUAAAAGUAAUGUUGAAGUUAAAAGGAAAUCAGUUAGCAACAGUAGAUCAUCCUCUGUCUUCAGUAAUUCUAAAAUAAAUAAGUCAAGAAAUGCUAUGGCCAAUGCUUCAACUAGUCACACCAAAAAACGUCGAAGGGAGUCAAAGAAAUCACUUUCCAAGGCUAAGAUGUCUUCUACUUGUGCAACACAAAGUGAAAAGCAACACAACUUGAAGAAAGAUAGUGCUGUUAUAGAGGUUGCGAGUAACAAAAUCUUCGAAUUAGUUGAUGGCACUGAUAACCUUUACGCAACUUCACGCGUUAAUGUUGACCUGGACGCAAAAGAACAAUCAAAGAAAUCUCUAUCCAAUCCUAAGAUGUCCUUCACUGGCGCGCAAAAGAUUGGAAACCAGCUCAGCAUGAAGAAAGACAAUGCUGUUCAAGAAGUUGCAAGUAACAGCAUUCCGAAAUUGAUUGAUACAAAUAAUCUAUGUAACACUUCACAAGCUAAUGUUAAAAUUAACACAAAAGAGCAAACAAAGAAAACUCUUUCCAGUGCUAAGUUAUCUUGUGUGAGUGUAGAUCAGGGUGAGAAUCGAUUCAAGUUAAAAAUAGAUGUGACUGAACGAGAUGCUGCGAGAAUUAAAGUGGGAGAUGAAAUGAAUAAUCUAGAAGGAAUUCAACAAAGCGCAAAAGAUAUUAGCGAAGGAAAUGACAAAAAACUUUCUGCAAACGAUGUAGCAAUGGAAGAUUUCAGUGAUAUGACCGACAGUAAUAAGAUGUCAACACACACAGAUGCGACAAGUAUUGGAGGAAAAGAAGAUGAUUUGGGGAUAAAUAAUCAAGAACUUCAAAAUGCUUCUAACCAGGAGAAAACUUGUAAUGUGACCGGUGAAAAAGGACAAAGGGAACUCGAAAGCUUAUCUCAAGAUAAGGAUGAUCUAGCUGGAAAAGUUCCUGUGGAUGCCGUACAAAAUCCUGAGAAUGCCAGAGAGAAAGAUAACCCUGUGUCAACAGUUACCUUAGAAUUUAAUGGCAAACUAGACAUGUUGAAAACAAAAAGUUCAAAAGUAGAAAAUGAUAAUUUGAAAACAUCAAAAGAAAACUGUUUGGAAGAGACAGUUGGAAACAACAUUCGUAAACAUACCGCGAAAACAACAUCUAGUCUAAAGUUCUUACCAUCUCCACCACCAGGAAAAAGACCAAAUAUGUUUAUUUCGCAAUCCUUAAAAGCGAUGGUAAGCAACCGUGCUAUGAGAGCCGUUUCAAAAAGUAAAAGUUUAGGUUCGGCCGGAAGAGUCAAGUCAAAUGAGUCCAGGCGUGGUCAAUAUGCUUCUACAUUUAAAGAAUCUAUCCCGAUGUUACCAGUCAGCGAAGGGGAUUAUCAGUCGUUUACUGAAUUAACUAAGCCUGGGUCCUCGAUAAAUGAUGUGAUAAACAGAAGAUCACUGUCCAAAACAACAGCAUCUUCCAUGUGGGUACCAUCUCAAAGCGUUACAGCGCGAAAUUCUGCAAAUGAAAUCUCUUCACAAUCUCCAAGUGCUGUGCUUGUGAAGGCUGCAUCCUCCAGAAAACUUUCAGACUCUUCGUUUACAUCUGGUCACAUUUUUGUGACACCUGCUGCUUCUAUCAAUUUCGUCACGUCGUCAUCACAAACAGAUACUGCUAUUAAAUAUCCUACACCAUCAUCCAGAGCGUCCAUUGAUGAAAUUGUUGAGAAACGUGUUUCAGGCUCAAAAUUGUCAAAUCAGCCUUCCUUGGCAUCAAACGUCGACUUAACCACUGAUAAUCAACUAAUAGUGAGAGAAACUGCAGAAGAAAAUCCAAAAUGAUUUUGUUUUAACGUCUUCUAAAUAUUUUUAUAUUUGUUUUUUUUAUUUACGCAAUUAAUAGUAUAUUUAUCUUUUUA